AUGCUGAAAAAACUCACACUCGCCGGCGGACUCUUGAUCCUCGUGAACUUGAGCUUCCUCGUUGGUGGCAUUCUUCUGCUCCGCUUCAAGUCGACGCUCGAGAGCAGUGGGUGGACCGACGCACUGGAUAAUACCGACUACGAGUAUGCAGCACACACUGCAACUUGGAUGCUCCAGUUGCUGGGUAUAGCUGCCAUUGCAUUGGCGAUCGUGGGGAUCAUUGGCGCCAUCGUUCAGAACCGCCUGCUGCUGCUGCUGUAUGCGAUCGUCGUGAUGAUCGCCAUGGUGGUCUUUGGUGUGCUGGCAGCCAUUGCAUUCACGUUCAGAGCCAAGAUGAAGACUUACGACGAAGCUGCUUAUCCAGUUGACGAUCGAGAAGUGGUGGUGGCCAAUACGUUUAACCAAGUCUACUGCUAUGCCGAGGGGUACUACUACUGCAACAAUGCAACAGCAAAAGAGGCGUACACGACGUUCUUCCCCGACGCACCGAGUGAGCUCUUGGGGUUAUUGCCCAAUGUGACUGGCAUCGUGUCGCUCUGUGGCCAGCUCUCGAGCACGGUCAGUGGCUUGCAGACAGUGUGUGAAGCUUGCAACAUGUCGACGACGUUUGCCAAGUACGACCGGAUCCUGAUGUGGGCAGAAGACAAGUGUCCGCGAACUGCUGUAACGGGUCAAUGGUGCGCGUCGUUUCUAGCUACUGGAGCUCCAGGUGAAGUGUACAAUGGAGCUCCAUACGGUCAGUGUCGUGCCAUCUUUUUUGGAGUGGCUAUUGACUGGAGCACGACGAUGGCCACGGCUGGAGUUCUCCUGGCUGUUGCAGCACUUGUCAUUAUCAUCAUGACGUGUUUCACCCGUCGAUCAAAAGAGCGCGUGACGUAUAAUUACGACGGAGGUGAGGUCAAGAUCGAAACGAGCAACUGA